AUGACAAAAGUUGCUACUGAUACACUUAAUUAUGAACUAACAGAACGUGAUUCACAACGUGUGACAGCAUCACCAACUGCAUCUAAUAAAGUCGAUCAGAAAUCAGUUGCUUAUGAUAAUCCUGGAUUUUUCGAUCAACGACCAUCGGCAUCAAGUCUUGGAAAUGGAACAAUUAUAACAACAAAAUUAGAAAUAAAAAAUGAGGAAGAAGAUGAGGAGGAUGAUGACGAAGAUAAGAAUAAUGCAGGAUUUGAAAGAUUAUCAGGAGAUGGACAUAAACUCGGUUUAUUUGUAUUGAGUCUCCAUGGAUUUUUGGUUCGUAUGAUUCAAAAAGAAAAAAAACUGGCAGUUUAUGCAAUAAAAAUAUUGCUUUUAAUUGGUUUUAUAAUCUUUUUUGGUUUUGCUAUGAGUGAAAAAUAUGGAACACCUGCUUUCCCUAUACGUGGAAAUGUUUUUUAUGGCAAUCAAGGUUUUGCUAUGUUUCUUCUUGUUGCUGUUGCUGUUUUUAUUAUUGCAUGGGAAACACUUCUUGGACGUUCAUUAGAACGUCUAAUUAAAUUUAUUUCAAAAUCAAAUAGAAAUAAUCGAAUAUGGAUUCAAAUUGGUCGAUUAUUGAAUAGAUUUACGUGGGUUUUACAUCUUUUAGUUUUUUUUGGUGUUGCUCUUUAUGUUGGCUUAACAGUCAGUCGAGCAAGAAAUUUAGUUUCACUUGUUGGUAUUUUUACAUUAAUUUUACUUGGAACGCUUGGUUCAAAAUAUCCUCAUCGAAUUCCAUGGCAAACUGUAUUGUAUUCAUUUAUUCUACAGUUCAUAUUGGCUGUUUUUGUCAUUCGAGUUGAAGUUGGUUUUGAACUUUUUGAUUUUCUUGGAGCAGAAGUAACAAAAUUUAUUAAUAAUGCAGAUGCUGGAGCAAGAUUUGUUUUCGGAGAUACUUAUCAAGAUCAUUUUUAUGUCUUUAAAAUUACUUCAAUAAUUAUUUUUCUUGGAUCCGUGAUAAAUGUUCUGUAUUAUUAUGGUGUUAUGCAAUUUGUUAUAGGAAAAAUUGCAUGGCUUAUGCAGAAAUGUUUGAAUACAACAGCAGCUGAAUCAAUGAAUGCAGCUGCAAAUAUAUUUGUUGGUAUGAGUGAAGCACCAUUGCUUAUUAUGCCAUUAGUACCGAAAAUGACAACAUCUGAACUUCAUGCUGUAUUAGUCGGCGGUUUCGCAACAAUGGCAGGAUCUGUUCUUGCUACAUUUAUACUUUUUGGUGUUCCGGCAAAUCAUUUAAUUGCUGCUAGUGUUAUGGCUGCACCAGGUGCACUUGGAUUUGCGAAACUUUUAUUACCCGAAACACAUAAAUCAAAAACAUCAUGGGAUACCGUACAAAAUGUGCCACUAAGUGAUCAACAUAAUGCAAUUGAUGCUUUAAUGACUGGAGCUGGAAAUGCAUUAAAAAUUUGUGGUUAUCUAAUUGCAAAUUUAAUAGCAUUUAUUAGUGUUCUCAAUUUUCUUGAUGUAUCAAUAUCAUGGUUAUUUAAUCUUGUACAUCAUCCUGAAGUUAAUUUUCAAUAUAUACUUGGCUUAGUCUUUUAUCCAUUUGCACUUAUAACUGGUAUAUCAUUACGUGAUUGUCUUAUUGGAUCAAAAUUAAUCGGUAUUAAAGUCAGCUUAAAUGAAUUUAUUGCUUAUCAAGAACUUGGUAAAAUUCGUAAGUUACGUAAUGAACUUAUAGCAAAUGAUACAUUUUCAUUGUAUUUAAAUGGUACAUUAACAUUACCAAAUGAUAUUCAAAUGUUAUGGGAUGAAAGCUCAGUAAUUAUUUUAACUUAUGCUUUAUGUGGAUUUGCUAAUUUUGGUUCAAUGGGUAUUGCAUUAGCAACACUUGGUGUAUUUGCACCUACACGAAAACGUGCUUUACUUAAAAUUGCACCACGUGCAUUGAUCGGUGGUAAUAUGGUCUCAUUGAUGACUGCAUCAAUUGCUGGUCUACUUUAUGAUCCUCGAAAUGCACAAGUAGUAACAAAUCUUACGAAUGCUACAAUGAUAUGA